GCCGCUUUCAACCAAAUGACAAAUGGCAUCGCCAACGGUUGGGUAGCGCCAACAUUAAAGCAUUUCGAAAAAGGAGGCGACUUCGGUGUCGUGACCAAAUCUCAAAUAUCCUGGAUCGCAUCGCUGGAAGAUUUUGGAAAAAUAUUCGGCGCCGUAUUCGCAGCUUUGGUGUUAGAUAUCUUAGGUCGUAGACCUCUACUCGCAUCUGUAGCUUUGAUUUUUUUUCUAAUCUGGCUAGCAACGGCAUUCACAAAUUCUAUCCAGGUUCUUUGCAUGAUACGAUUUAUCGCAGGAGUAUUCGCCGGAAUUAACGAAGGUUCUAAUUCGAUCUACCUAGCCGAAAAUAGCUCUCCUAGAAUCCGUCCGGUUUGCGGUUCGUUCAUAAUAACCGUUUACUUCUUCGGUUUGAUCGGAGAGUUUUUCGUAGCAACGUAUCUUCCUUAUAAGACUACCUUGAUCAUUAACGCGGUGGUAUCUUUUUUGGCAUUUUUAUCGGUGUUUUGUAUGAAAGAAUCGGUACAAUAUACGCUGAUGAAAGGUAGAGAAUCCAAAGCAGCCAAAGACUUCGCUUGGUUACGUGGUAUCAGCGCAAGCAAUCCAGAGAUAGAGUUAGAAUUCGAGAAAAUCAAACAAAACGUCUCGAGUGAGAAUUCGCUUAAAAGUUCCUUGAUGAAAACCAUCUCCACUCCGGUCAAUUACCGAAGUCUGGCUAUCGUAGUGAUUCUGUACUCUUUGGCCGGGUCGGUGGGCUAUUUCCCCAUGAUGUGGUACGCCUCGAUGACUUUUACCAGCACAAAUAUGCUGACUUCGAACGAAUUCACCAUCUUAUUCGGUAUCGUGCAAACCAUCGUCGUGAUUCCUACAUCUUUCGUAAUUGGCCGAAUAAAUCGACGUAGUUUGAUAUUGACGUGUUUUUCACUAAUAACCCUCAGUCACCUGGCUACCGCGAGUUUAUAUUACGCCAAUCAACAUAUCACCAAUAUUCCUCAUUUCCCCUGGCUCACUUUCUCGACCAUUACAUUUUUUGCCAGCGUGUACGCCUUCAUGUACCCGGGUAUUUUUCUAAUACGAGGGGAACUGUUCCCUUUGAGUGUGAAAGCCCUAGGAGGAUGUCUAUCGAUAAUGAGUUAUUCGGCGACCAGUUUCUUCACGACGAAAAUAUUCUUAUUUAUGAGCGAUAAAUUCGGAGUCGAAGUGAAUUUUGUGAUAUUCGCGUUACUUUCUUCGAUUACCAUCGUGUUUGUUUACUUCUUUUUACCGGAGACUAAAAAUAAAUCACUGAUUCAAAUACAAGAAAGUUUGACAAAGGUAAGAUAGCUUGUGACUUAUGAAUGAAUAACGAGUAGGUAUAAAGUUCAGCUUCUUUGAAUUAUUAUUGCUUUCAAUUCACCCCUCUCAAGUUUUUUCAGCAAUUACCAAGACGAAUGUAAUCGUUUAAGAGUUAAUUUAGCGUGUCAUCGAUAUGUAAAUAAUAAAAUAGAAAAUUUAUUAUCGAGAGCAAUUAACCAGAUUAUUGAAUAAAUGUUAUCUCUAUA